UUUAUUUGUAUUACUACUACCACGUGUAUAAACUAACUGCAUGCCAAUUGAUCUGAAGUAAUCUGUUUUUAUUAAAUGUAAUUUAAUGUUAUUAAAAAAACAACUACAGUACAUUCAAUCCCGGGUGCACUGCUGUUUGCACACUUGAGCAAGGUAGCCUACAUCACUGGGUCACAUUGCUAGUAAAAAGUGCCCAGCUGUAUAUAUUGGUAUAAAUCUAAGUCGCUUUGGAUAAAAGCGUCAGCCAAAUUAAUAAAAUGUGGUUUAAAUAUCCCACUUCCUUGACACUUGCAGAGGUGACCUACCCUUCCUAUUAUGAUGGAUUGCAAAACAAAUUAUUAUUAUUAUUAUUAUUAUUAUUAUUAUUAUUAUUAUUAUUAUUAUUUACCUUCAUUGUUAUUUAUGUUCGUUAAAUGUCUUUCUUUUAAAUACUCUUGUUAUAGGCUUGGUACUUUUCAACAUUUAUUUCUGUUCCCUUUACCUCCCGUUUAUAACUGUUAACUAGCAUUGUUAAUCCAUGUCCAUUUCUUAAUUAAAUCAAGGAUAUCUGGUGAUGUCCAAACAAUUUCAGUUUUUUCUACCAAGAACUGACUUAAGGGGCUGAAUACUUGUGCAACCAGUAUAUUUCAUUUUGUACAUGUUCUUUGCAAGUUUUGCUGACAUUUAACCUCCUCAUAUAACAGUGUUAAAUUUAACCAUUACAGCUUUGAAUAAAAAAAAAAGUUAGUUUGAAAAACUGUUAAGACAUUAUUUGUAAUUCCGCAAAAUGUGACAUUAUUGGUAGGGAGUGAAUACUUCUGCAAACCACUGUAUAUAAAGAUAAUUGAUCGCUUUACUUUCAUGGUGAAAAGGUUGCAGUCACUGCAAUGCACUCUGCACUGAAUCACAUAUUUUGAGAGAAACACAAAUGCUUAUUUCGUAAAACAAGUUCUGUCUGGAGACAAACCUCUUUUUAAACUUAGCAGAUAAUACAAAUGCAGAAAUAGAAGAAAAAAUGGUGUAAUUAAUGAUGCGUUUCCAUUAAAAUAGUACCUUUUACAUUGCAAUCAGGUGAUACAGUGCGCUGUAACCUGUUACUUUAGAGAGAUUAGCCGUGCCACUUUGUUUCUGUGUGGAAUUCUUGGAGUGAAAAUACCUUCUCACUCGGUGCAAUCCAUUGAGGUUAAAAAGUAAGCCUAAUAUACUACAAGUAUACUAACGGUAUACUAAAACCAUAAUAUUUUGACCCAAUAUACUUGCAGUAUACUACUUUUUUAUAAGGGUGUGCUACAUUGAAGCUCCUUCUGAAUAUGAUGUUACACACUUAUGAAAGAUAUAUAAUUGAGUCCAACUGUUUUUUAUUACAACUGUGAUAGUCUUCCUACAGAGAGAGUCAAGGAAAGUUAUCAGCAAAUGUGAAACUUCUUUCUUUUUCUCAGGUGCUCCUGUGGUAACUGCCAGCCAAUGGCCACAACAAGAGAAAGUGUUUGCUGCCAGGAACUUGAGAGAACACGUGAAAAAUGUGAAGAACUAGACUUUUCCACAGAAAUGUAUAACCCAACACCCAGACUCCAACCCAGUGUGCCUUAACCAUGGUGUAUUGGAUACUACAUUCUACUAAUACAGGCAACAAUACAACACUGAUGAUUCAGAAAAAAGACAGGCUGAGUGCUGAGAAAUACCACCAUUUGGCAUAUCAUCAACUUUGCCGUUGGUGUUGGAGAUUUCUUGGCAGAGAUGUCCGCAGAGUUAUGCCUGCAUGUGCGGUCUUAAAAAUCAGGGAGACGUUUCCUAGCCCGAAUGGCACAUAUAGAGGAUUUCAGUUGUCUUUGGAACAAAUAUAAUUCAAUUUUAAAAAUAAACAAUUUAAAAAUAAAACAAUUGUUCAGUUCAGUUUCUCCAGAAAUGUCCAAAACAUGUGUCACAGGUUCUAAUGUCCACUUUUAAAUCGGCUCUUGUGCUUAAGGAUGGCUUGUUCCUUUGAUGUUUUUUUUGUACUUAUGGCACAUUGAAGGUGGCACAUCCUUAGAUGGACAAACUUUGUUCCCAUUUUGGGCCAUGGAAAACACAAUCUUUGAACCGGUCAACAUUCUCUUUAAUAUAAAAGACUAUGUAAAUAUAUUUUUUAUCUGAAUAUAUAUGGGACUUGUUACACGAGUCAAUGCGCUGGCAACAUAAAUUGUAGCAACAUGUUGCCUGUGACGUCACCGUGGGGGAUUUGACCUGUUACACGAUACAACUAACAGGCAACUCGCAUUCGAUUGAAAUUGCCUUUGAUCCAAGCAAUAUCCAAUCAUAUUUAAGAACUACGUCACGUGGUUCUGGUUUUCAGGUCAUAUACUUACAAAUACCAAGCAUCAGUACAACUAUUUAGUAUUACUGUCAUCUUUAAAUAAUUGAACAACUAAUAAUUAUAAUAAUAAAGUAGUAACGUUUACAGAAUAAAAGCAAAUAAACCAAAUAUGUAAAACUCAAUUUAACGUACAGUACUACACGUAGAUAACAAUGAACGAUGAUUCUUAAUUUCUUUAAAUGCUGUAAAAUAUAUAUCAGUCAUAAUAAUAAUAAAAAAACCCUGCCUUUUAUGGUUAUAUUAUCGCAGUGCUGCGGAGUAACGGUUUAAAAAAAGGUAACAAAAUAACAUAAUAUGGACAUCGGUUUAGCAGAGUUACAGUAGCUACAUUUUUAUUCCCCUAUUAUUAUUAUUAUUAUUAUUAUUAUUAUUAUUAUUAUUAUUGCUGUCUUUUAUACAAAGGUAUUUUUAAUAUUAAGAAGGAGAGACCUGAACAACGGUGCAGUUCGGGGCGUAGUUAACGAUAGUUGGACAAAGAUUUUAAGUAGUUUUAAAAACUUGUUAAAAGUAACUCUAGUCCCAGCAUUGGUUGUUAUCAAAACAGUCCACUACCAAAAUAACGAUGUGUUGACCACCCUUCAUAAAACUCUAUGAGAAGUAUUUCUUUCUCAUGAGUCCAGGUAAUUGCGGCUUUCGUUUCCAUGCCAACUGUUGUUUUCACUGUAGCAGACAGAAUCACGUGACACACACCAGUGCUCUGAUUGGAUAUUGCCUGGACCCUGUUGCUUGGAGUAGGAUUGCUGUCCACUCAAGCAAUCGCGUUGCCACGCAGUUGCCAGAAAGUUGACAAUACGUUGUCAGGGCUGUUACACGGGGCAAUCCUCACGGGAUUUGGUCGCAGGCGAUAAAAGUUGCUAGUAAAUUGACUCGUGUAACAAGGGCUUUAAGUUGCUCAUAUCACCAUUACAUUUUUUUCUAAAAAUGUAAUGCAUUAGAAUACAUAUGAAGCCAUUUCAAGAAAUAUUGACUUUUUUAAAUCAGCAUCUAGUCAAGGUGUGUCAGACAUUUACCACAGAGGUUUACUCCAUUAAUACUGAAACCACCAAUGUAGUUAUUCUGACCCUAAUGUAGUUUUGAAUGGGUCCAAAUAAAAAAAAAAACGCACUUGCUGUGUGCUCUCCCCUUUUGAAUUUUGGGAAAUCAAUCUUGUAACGUGCUUCUGAUUUGGGUAACAGCUUGCUCUUGACUGUGCUUGUUGCAAAAAACAAGGAAAGUCUCCAUACGACAACAACCCCCCUCCCCCCCCAAAAAAAAAAGAAAACUACUACAUUUCAAACGAGUGAUCAAACUCAUUUUCUUCAACCUUGUAGUCUGGAUCAUCACAUUCUAGGGAUUCAACAGAUCUGGUAUCAUCAGAGUCUGUGUCUGCAAUUGAAUCAUCUUCCUCGGGGUGGUUGGAGGAGUUCACACUGUAUUCCAACUGAGACCAUUUUUGGUACUUCUGCUUGUUCAUUUUGCAACGUUUUGCAUACCGCAUCAUUGUCUCAAAAGAGAAUAUAAAAAAUCACUGGUAUGUAAAUGUUUUUUUUACAUGGACAUUUUUUUUUUACCUAUUGAAUUGACAUUGGGGCGUACGCCAAUUUCAGCUCCAGCAUCAGCUCUCAAACUCAUAUUCAUCUAAUCUGUCACCUUCAGUUGUAAUUGGAGUAGCUGUGGCAUCAUAGAUUUCCUGUAACACCUGUAAGAUAUAGCUAUAUUUAUAGAAUGUAAUCUGUCAUACCAGUAUCAUAGAUUAAUCUUGUGUGCUGACUGUAGCACAAGCAUUUUGAAGUAUUUUAAUGGCAUUAUUAUUAUUAUUAUUAUUAUUAUUAUUAUUAUUAUUAAUAAUAAUUGUAGAUCUAUUUCAGUUUUAAAUACAAAUUCGUACUUCUGCUUGUUUCUUUUCUAACGUUUUGCAUACCGUAUCCUUAUCUAAUAUAAUAGUAUUAAUAUAUACUCGCCGGGUCUGCUGACAAAUAUUGUAAAUAAACACAUAAAUAUACAUAAAGCAAGGGGCAAUAUGACACUGUUACUCACCCAUUUAUUCUCUCUUUCGAAAUGCUGAUCUUCCAUCUGGAAGAAACGGCAGCUGACACCAGUAAAUCUGACGGUGACAUAAGCCGGCAUACCCGCAGACAAGCCCUCACUGGUAUCGAAAUCAGACCCGCUCAGCCAGCCGUGUUUGGUCGAGAGGCUCACACAUUUAUGACGAGAAUGUCUUGAUUUCACUACCAUUGGUCUAAUUGUGGGAUACACAUCGACUCUGUCGAGGCAGGAUAGCACAGGACCUAGCAAUCGCUGUUGUUUCGUAGCACUGCUCCUCAAAAUGGGCCGAGCACAAGUGCAACCAUUUUGUCGGCUUCCUCCACAAGGCUCUCGUUUUCUGGACAAAUGCUGUCCACACCCUGGCAACCUUUGGAUGCUUUGGCCACUUGUGCAGUUUAAAUCUGCCUUCGUUUGUGUUGCUACAACCACCUGCGACACAUCGACAGGGCAUAAUGAUAAGUUUAAUUAGCUGUCUCAUAUGCUGUACACCGCGAAAACCAAUGGUAACAGUCAGAACUAUGAAAAUCGGUUCACUCUGACGUCAUCAAGCCGAUUGGUCACGGAAAUACCCAAGUGUGAAAAAUGUACUUUUAACCUAAAAAUGAACCAUUUCUUAAUCCUAAAUUUGAAAACUAUAAAAGAGUAGUUUGGCAUAAAGUUAGGUAGAGGUGUUUGGGUUCCCCUUUUACUGUAUUUACAUUAAUAAAGAGGAGUCACUUCUGCCAUGAAAUUAGAAAGUAUUUAGGAAAACAAAAUGUAAAUUAAAUCAUGUUUGUUACUCAACAGGGAUCAAUUAAAUUCUUUAAAGUAGUGGAGAAAAGAAGCUGGGCUAAAAAAACCCACAGAAAUCAAGCAUUAUACCCUCCCUCCCUCCAUCAUACCCUCUCCAUCAUUUCCUUCCUCCAUCAUUCCUCACCUCCCUUAAUCCAUCAUACCCUCCCUCCAUCAUACUCUCCCGGCCUCCAUCAUACCCUCCCUCCCUCAAUCAUACCCUCCCUCAUUCCCUUCCUCCAUCAUAUCCUUCCUCCAUCCCUCCAUCUACCCUCCUUCGCUGCCUCCAUCAUACCCCUCCAUUAUUCCCACUCCUCCCUUCCUCCAUCAUUCCUUAAUUCCCGCCACCAUUCCCUUCCGCCAUCAUACUCUCCCUCAUCAUACCCUCCCUCCAUCAUAUCCUCCCUUCCUCCCUACAUUAUUCCCUCCCUCCAUCAUACCGUCCCUCCAUCGUUACCUUCACUCCCUGAAUCAUACCCUCCCAUCCAUCAUACCCUCCCUCCCUCCAUAAUGCCCUUCCCUUCCUUCCUCCAUCAUACCCUCACAUCCUCCCUACAUUAUUCCCUCCCUCCAUCAUCUCCCUCCCUCCCUCCCAUCAUACCCUUCCUCCCUUCAUCAUACCCUCUCCAUCUUUUCCGUCCUUCCCUCCAUCAUUACCCUCCCUCCCUGCAUGAUUAUCCUUCCUCCCUCCCUCCCAUUACCCUCCCUAUAUCAUAUCCUUCCUCCAUGAUUACCUUCCCUCCAUCAUUACCCUCCCUCCAUCAUUACCCUACCUUCCUUCAUUAUCCUCCUUCCCUUCCAUCGUUACCCCCCCUGCCUCCCUACAUUAUUCCCUCUCCAUACCCACCCUCCCUGCAUCAUACUUUCCCUCUGUCAUCAUACCCUCCCUCCCUCAUCAUACCCUCCCUUCCUCCCUCCAUCCAUCAUUUCCCCUCCCUCCAUCUAUUCCAUCCCUUCUCCAUUAUUACCCUCCCUCCAUGAUUACCCUCCUUCCAUUACCUUCCCUCACUCCCAUCCUUAUCCUCCCUCCCUAUAUCAUACUCUCCCUCCAUUGUACCCUUCCUCCAUCAUACCCUCCCUCCAUCAUACAUUCCCUCCCUCCAUCAUUACCGUCCCUCAUACCCUCCCUCCAUUUCUCUCCCUCCAUCAUAAUAAUAAUAAUAAUGUCU